AUUUCUGCAUUAUUCGCGGCAACAAGCGCCAUCGCAGUAUCCUAGCGUCGCUGGUAGCUAAGCCUAGCUGAAACGCUUCUAAAAACAUAAAGGCCACCACGUAACCUGAAACUCAACAGUUCUGUGCUUUGGAAAAGAUUCUGCGCCACAAUCCGGCGACUGUGAACGAUAUAUAAUUGUGUACUAUACAGCAAAUACCAUGAGUCGCUCAAAGGAACCAAAAAAUACGAACGGAAAUAGCGGUGACGAUAGCGGUUCCGAAGAGGAGUACGUUGUUGACAAAAUUGUUGGCCGCCGCGAACGGAAAGGAAAGGUGGAGUACUUUCUGAAAUGGAAGGGCUAUGAAUCGGACAGUAACACCUGGGAGCCACGGGAAAACCUAGACUGUCCCGAGCUCAUAAAGGCGUUCGAACAAUCUCGUACGGAUGGUAAAAAAGAUGCCGGUAAGAAACGAACGUCGAAGAAGAAGAAGUCUGGAGGCGAUUCGGCCAACGAAAACGACGGUUCGGAUGAAGAGGGACGCGACGGCACUGUGUCCAUGAAAUCAAACAAAUCGAAAUCGGUGGACGACGAUGGAAAGCAGACAGAAAACGAGCAAGUCGAGGAGAUGAACGGUUUCGAGAAAGGUUACAUCCCGGAAAAGAUCCUCGGUGCCACGGAAGGUGACAACGAGCUGCUCUUCCUGAUUCAAUGGAAGGACAAGGAUAGAGCGCAGCUGGUAAAGUCCAAAGAGGCCAGGAAGCACUGUCCACAGCUGGUGAUAGACUUCUACGAAGAGCGUCUAAUCUGGCAGAAGGUUGAUCAGGCGCAGGCUGAUUAAUGAGGUCCUUGUACUAAUUUUACAGAAUAUUACGAAGUUUAGUUUAGAAACACCCUUUUUUCUCAUAACUACAAUGCUGAGACUAAUAAUGACAACCCGUUUUCGCUAAUGGCGUAUCUGAAUUUUAUAUGUUUGGUUAAUUUCUUUCACAAUGCAAUGCAGUUUGUUGCGAUUUGUUUUGUAAGCGCUACCCCGAAGUAGUAGGAUACAGUAGAAGUAUAUAAAAUAGGACGAACUACAUUAAACAGUGUUUAUUAACGUUCUUAAACAUACACUUCGGCUAGAAGCAGUUACAGUUAACACUCACACACAUGGACGCAGAAAGGAUACUUGUGCUCUUUUACUGUUAUUACAUUCAACUAGUUUUGCCCGACAUUUAUAUGUUGUCUAAUGUCUCUUAGCUUAAACUGCCUCUCCAAUAAAUUUUUUUUAAUUUCUUUUACUUUUUAAUGCAUGUUCGGAUUAUGGGAAUUCACACACAGCCCAACGCGCAUACACACUUUUUCUUCUAGAUCCAGUAAUAUUGCGCCUAUUCGUUUAUCAAUAUCCAAGAAAUAACCUUACAUUUGUCGAACGAUGGUUUUGUGUUUGGAGGAUGGAAGUAAAAGUGUUUGAAUUCUACUAGGAAAUAAAAAAAUAAUUUCAAAACAAA